CGCGCAGUGUUGCCAAUAGAAAACCCCUUAAAUGUCAAGCUCUAUUUAUUUAGUGCAAUAUUGUUAUUAUUAAAGUACAUAAAAUAAACCUAAUGCGUGAUUAGCAAACCAAAUAAUUUCGUGCAAUAUACUAAACGAGUGUAAUAGACAAUGGCCUAACAUUUUCCGGUGAGGGAAAAUGGUGAGGUUAUGAAAAGGGAAGGGAAUGGAAUAUCCUUUGCAAGAAUUUGAUGCUGAAAGAGAAACCGAUUUUCUACUGGGAACUGCAUUAAACCAUGGGAGUGAUAUGGAUGUUCACACAGCAAGAUUUAACAGAAAUCCCAAACGACGUAGAAGCAUAGGACAGAUUUUAUGCAGUUGUUGGUGCGGAAUCUUCAAAAGAUGCUGCGGUCCCAGAGAAAUCCGCCCGAGGACGAUCACCCUUGGCAAACCAUCGCCCGGGGUGUUUCCCGCAAAUGCUAUAAGAAACCAAAAGUACAACAUCAUCACGUUUCUUCCGCUGGUCCUCUACCAGCAGUUUAAGUUUUUCCUCAAUCUGUAUUUUCUCAUCAUGGCCACAAGUCAGUUUGUUCCUGAUAUAAGGAUUGGGUACUUGUACACUUAUUGGGGACCCCUGUGCUUCGUAUUAUUGGUGACAAUAUGCCGUGAAGCGAUAGACGAUUUAAGAAGACAUAAAAGAGAUCAAGAGGUUAAUAAUCAGAAAUGCAAAAGAUUGUUGAAUGAUAGGAAUAAACCAUAUGAGAUUGUGGCUGCACAUAAAUUGAGAGUUGGCGAUCUUAUAAUAGUGGACAAAGACGAGCGCGUACCGGCCGAUUUGGUUCUGCUGCGCACGUCCGAAAAUAGCGGCUCGGUUUUUGUGCGCACCGAUCAGUUGGACGGCGAGACGGACUGGAAACUGCGCUUGGCAGUUCCGGCAACUCAGAAACUCGCCAACGACCAUCAGCUGUUCGAAAUCACGGCCAACGUUUACGCCGAGAAACCCCAGAAAGACAUACAUUCGUUUAUUGGAACAUUCAGCAGAAGCGACUCAGUCAAUAAUGACGAAAGCUUGGAUUUGGAAAACACCCUGUGGACAAAUUGUGUUAUAGCAUCUGGUCAAGCAACUGGUGUAGUGAUUUACACAGGCCCUGAAACAAGAUCCGUAAUGAACAAUUCCCAGCCGCGUUCUAAAGUUGGUUUAUUGGAUAUUGAGGUCAAUACAAUUACAAAACUUUUGUUUUGUGCUGUAAUUGGUUUGGCUCUGCUUAUGAUGGCCUUAAAAGGUUUCAGCGGGCCUUGGUACAGAUAUUUGUUCAGAUUUGUCUUGUUGUUCUCCUACAUCAUCCCCAUCAGUUUGAGAGUAAAUCUGGACAUGGGAAAAUCCUACUAUUCCUGGUCAAUUGGCAAAGACCCUGCGAUGAAAGGGACAGCGGUGAGAUGCACCACGAUCCCGGAAGAAUUGGGCAGGAUUUCCUAUUUAUUAACCGACAAAACCGGAACUUUAACUCAAAAUUCCAUGGUUUUAAAGCGAUUGCAUCUGGGGACCGUUAGCUACGCCGCCGACAGCUUUCAUGAUCUGAGUGUUGUCUUGAAAAAUUGUUUCACGACUAACGAAAGCGGUACAUCGACUUUGCCCACGAAAUUCAGGACGUCUGAAAAUACAAGAAUUAAGGAUGCUGUUCAGGCUCUAGCACUUUGUCACAAUGUCACUCCAGUGUAUGAAGUCAGUGAAAAUUCCAGCGAUACAGGUUCAAUAACUUCCGAAACGGAAGCCGACCAAAGCUUGCACGCGUCCGACCGCUCGGUCACCUACCAGGCGUCGAGCCCCGACGAGGUGGCCUUGGUCCAAUGGACGCAGGCCGUCGGCCUGACUCUCAGCCACCGCGAUCUCACCUCGAUGCAGCUCCGAGCGCCCGACAACCGUCUCGUCGACUACGACAUCUUGCAGAUUUUCCCCUUCACCAGCGAGACGAAGCGGAUGGGCAUCAUCGUGAGGGACGUGCAGACCGGCAAGAUUUAUUUCUACUUGAAAGGCGCCGACGUGGUCAUGUCGGCUAUUGUGCAGUACACCGAUUGGUUGGACGAGGAGGUCGGGAACAUGGCUAGAGAUGGGUUGAGGACUUUGGUCGUCGCCAGGAAGAUGUUGACUGAGGAGCAGUAUCUUGAUUUUGAGACUCGUUACAACGCUGCUCGUCUGUCGACAACAGACCGCGUGGCUCGAGUCGCACAAGUCAUAGAAUCUCUCGAACGCGAAAUGGAACUUCUUUGCAUAACAGGAGUCGAAGACAAAUUGCAAGACAACGUGAGGGCCACCCUCGAAUUGUUAAGAAACGCCGGCAUCAAAAUUUGGAUGUUAACUGGCGACAAGUUGGAAACCGCCACCUGUAUCGCCAAAAGUUCAAGAUUAGUUUCAAGAACACAAGGUUUGCAUGUUUUAAAGAAAGUGGUGACCAGGACUGAUGCUCAUUUAGAGCUGAACGCUUACAGAAGAAGACAGGAUUGCGCUUUGGUUAUCAGCGGCGAAAGUUUGGAAGUUUGUCUUUCGUACUAUCAGCCGGAGUUUAUGGAACUCGCCACUGCGGCGCCAGCUGUCGUAUGUUGCAGGUGUUCGCCCACGCAAAAGGCCCAAGUGGUACAACUGAUUCAAAAACACACCGGCAAACGCACGGCCGCAGUGGGCGACGGCGGCAACGACGUCUCCAUGAUCCAGCAGGCGGACGCCGGCAUCGGCAUAGAGGGCCGCGAGGGUAAACAGGCGUCGCUGGCCGGCGAUUUCAGCAUCCCGCAGUUCUCGCAUCUCGCUCGCUUGCUGCUCGUGCACGGCCGCAGGUCUUACAAACGGUCGGCUUCGCUCGCCCAGUUCGUCAUCCAUCGCGGCUUGAUCAUUUCCACGAUGCAAGCGGUGUUCAGCAGCGUUUUUUAUCUGAGCUCGGUGGCGUUGUAUCAGGGAUUCCUUAUGGUCGGGUACGCGACCGUUUACACCAUGUUUCCGGUUUUCAGUUUAGUUUUAGAUCAAGACGUUAGCGCCGAAAUUGCCUUGACCUAUCCUGAAUUAUACAAAGAACUUUCCAAAGGAAGAAGCUUAUCGUUUAAAACCUUCUUCAUGUGGGUACUUAUAUCAAUAUACCAAGGUGGUGUAAUUAUGUACGGAGCCCUUUUACUCUUCGAAGACGAGUUUAUUCACAUUGUCGCCAUUAGUUUUACAUCCUUAAUAUUAACUGAAUUAAUUAUGGUGGCGUUGAAUAUUAGAACGUGGCACUACCUGAUGAUGCUCGCCGAAUUUUUCUCUCUAAUUCUGUAUGCGUUGUCUCUUGUUGUACUUCAUGACUAUUUCGAUGCUGAAUUCAUCAAAACAAAAGACUUCUUCUGGAAAGUCCUAGUGAUCACCCUUAUAUCCUGCUUGCCCCUAUACAUCCUCAAGUUUCUCAGAAAGAAAUUCUCGCCACCUAGUUACAGCAAACUGUCUUAAGCAAAUUAAAAAACAAACGAGAAACUUGUUGGAUGAAAGUAUACAAUGUGAUAUUGGUAAGCUUUUAAGUCAUUUUUCGUAUAGGCGACACACGACUAUAGUCACGGCCAAAUCUAUAUGGGUGCACGUCAUCAAUGAGAUAUAAUGACGUCAGCAUUACCAACUUUGAAUUGUAAAGUUACUGCCGCUAAAUUUGCUUUUUUAAGGCGUAAUUCUGAUGUGUUAUUAAAAAGAAAUCAUUCAUUUGCGUAUUGUUUACCAAGAACUGUAACAAUUUCCUUGUUUUAAAACGUUUUUUCACGAAAUUAUCAAAAUAAAACCAUUCACUUAGUAAUUUUUGUGUGUGCCAGUUGGUAAUAGCUUAAGGCUGGCGCGCACCGUUCAAUAUUAUUGAUGGGUCGCUGUCAUUUUAUAUUUGACGUAUUUUUGUAAUUGUGACAUUUCGUCCGGAAGCAUCGUUUGUUGCAAAUUAUUAUAAAUAAUAUUAUACAUUAUGUUUAUAAGAUUCAAUCCCUGGAUUGUGCAAACAAUGAUAUAAGGCCUGUUGGCAACUAGCCGUUAUUAGAUUUCGAAGACAUUGCGCCCUUAAUAAUAAAUUUGGGGAAAUAAUCAAAAUUCAAUUCUGACCUGGUUUGCUCUGAUGACAAGGACGACUGGUAAUUUAUUAUUUUUGUGUUUCUGAUAAUUUAGUAUUUUUUUGUUAUGUGCAUUUGUAAUAAAAAUGUAAUAAACUCCGUUUGUUUUCUCUUUAAACACAUUUAAUAAAAAUUUGCCUGUAACAAACUCCUAAUUAGAUAGUGCAGAAGAUUAUACAAGGACGUUAUAAUUCCAUCUUAAUAACAGCCCCCACCGCUAUAAACAGUCAACAAUACACGAGCGUUAGAUUGUGUCUGGGCACGUAUGAAUAGACCUUAACGCUGACGUCAUAUGCCGUUGAUGACGUGCACCCAUACAGAUUUGGCCGCGACUAUAGCAAGGACCACAAACAAAACGAAAACCUUAACUAAAAUAAUUCAUAAAAAAAUGUUCAAAUUAACACGCGCUAGAGUUAAAACAGCAAGUUAAGUGGCUAUGAUGUAACAAGAAAAAAUUAGAAGUAUUAAGAGGAGAUAUGGCUGUAUGUACAGAAGAUAGUUAAGAUUUGCCGGCAACAAUAUGUUGUGUCAACAAAUAUUAACUAAGCUUUGUGCAUGGAGUCACUAGGAUGCUAAUAAUAAUAAUAAACCAUAUCAUUACAAGUUUUAAGGAUGUUUUCUAUGUAUGUUUUAUGUGUUUUUAUUUUUAUGAUUUAAUAAGGUUUAAUGAAAUACAUAUAAAAGUACAAAAUAUUGUUGUUUUUUAAACAAUUAAGACAUUUAUUAUUAUUAUUAUUAUUAUUACAUGUUUUUAAGAAAAUACUACAAAAGAAUCUCAUUUUAUUAAAAAAAUAUGAAAAAUUUAAAAAAAGUUAUUUUUUAAAGAAAAACUUAUAAACAUUUUUGAUUUAUUUUAGUCAAAAAACUUUCAUUACGCCUUAUUUUUUAUACUAAGUUUUGUUUUAAUUAAUUUAAUUGCGUUUUAAUUUUUUCUUAAUACUUUUUAUUUUUUUAACUAAAAACUAAACUAAAUUUAUUUUUUCAAUAAAAACACUUUUGAGCAUUUCCGAGUACUGAGAAUGAAGAUUUUAAUAUUGUGAUAUUUAUUGUUGGUGAAUAAAUGUGCUUCCAUGUACUUCACUGAAUGAACAAGUGCUUGAAACUAUUUUAUUUGGAGGAAUAAAAUAUAAAUUCGUGUUGAUACAUUAAAAAUACUAAAAAUAGAUCAACAAUUAUGAAUUUGAAAGAUGGUAAAUCUGUUUUAGUAUUUUUGUGUACAUUAUAUUAUGUCAAUUAAGUGAUGAAUUAUUUUGUAUGCUGCUUAACUUCUGGUUUUAUAGUUUUAAAUUGUUAUUUUUACUUUUCAUUUACUCACUUUGUGUUCAAAGUUUCAUAAAAACUUUGAAGACAGGCGGUAGCCCUGAUAGGAAAAAUAUUUUUGUAAAUUGUAUUCUAUUAAAAGCUAACGCCUGUAUAGCGCGAUACAACUAAACUAAACUAUACUAAUAAAUGCAUUUUCUGUAAACUAAUGUAUUAAUAGGUUAGUGUAUUUUAAUAAUUACGAUUCUUGUUGUUUAUUAUACAGUUUAUUAUUAUUAAUUUAUUAGAAGUCUGUACAUUAUUAUAAUAUAUGCUUAUUUAAU